AUAAACAUAACAUUUGUGCCUUAUUUUUUUUUUAUUGCUGAAGAGUGAACUUUCUUCUCCUGUGUCCUUUUCUUCAUGCAAUCCAGAAUAGCAGCACAGCUGAAGUUUGUUUGAGCUCGGCUUUCUACUGUACAGAUGUGAAUGUACAGUUCCUUCAGCCUGAGGCUUUCUCAUUCCACGUUUAUUGUGAAAGAGCUUUUACAUUUGCCAAAAAUAAAAAAAGUGUUUAUGUUAAAAUUAAAAUCUUCUGUAAUUAAGUGUGACACAUUCCGACAUUAAAAUCAGUGAUAGCAUCUAGACCUGUUUUCUUGAAAUGUUUCUCUUUUUUCUCUCUGUUGCACUUAUUUUGAGCGCUAAUUAAGUAGUAUGUCAUUCACUUAUUUUUGUUACUCUUAAUGCUGCUCAUAACUUGCAUGUGGUCUGUAGAUAAGCUGUCUGAAACAACUGUGAUUAUGUCUGGAUUGGACUGCGCUAAUGAGCUGUCGCUCAGUUACGAGAGGUGUUAAAGUAGGCCAAUGAUAGCAUUGCAUCAUAGUGUGGAAACUAAGUUCUCUUUGCGGGAGUGCCGUCAUAAAAGUGCAGUCAUAAAAUGGAUUUGUUGGCCAAAGUGAAAUGCUUUUGACGGUUUCCUGCGGUCUGAAAGUUUAGUCUCCGAUGGCACACCACAGACCAACUUCAACCGUCUGGUGCAUAUUAAAUGCAAAAUAUGACAAGCUGACGUCAUAUCUUUGAAACAUACUCAGAGGCUGAAUGUCAUGGCACUGAUUACAGAAUCUGUGGUAUAUAAUCUAUUUGACAUAACCCGUUCCUAAACUACCCAAUAAAACAACACAGACUAAGAUUACUCAUUAUAAAUGGUCUCUUCCUGUCUUACUGGGUCAAAAUAAACUGCAAUGUGCACUGUAGCAGAGCUGUUUAGUCAAAGGUCUGACUAUACGAGACUAGGACGAGUCUGACGUUGCACAUCUGUAAUUGGUGUCAUGAGGAACACAUGACGUGUAUGAGUGAAUGAGGGAAGGAAGCUCUAUGAAGGAUGGUGUGGAGUCUGUAAUACAGAGAAAACUUGGGUUUGAUGUGUUAAAAACAUUGGCUGAUAUGCAGCAGGUUCAUCCGUUACUGUUCAGGUACAGUUACAGGAGGAGAAACCCUGGACGCUUCACACCGGAUUCACUCAUGGAUCUCACCCUAGACUUACCCUGCAGAUGUCCACGCUGUGGUGAGGGCAUCUUCAAGAUGAAAAGUAACUGGAAGACCACCAAGAUGCUGGGAUUGAUGAUGUUAGCAAACUUCCUCAUCUACGUCGUGGUGGAAGUGUCCAGAAGCUAUGGGCAGGGGCGAGACAUCUACAAUCGACGGAAACUGACGCCCAAAAAGUUCUGGAAGAAGCCGGAGUUCAGUCAGGCAUUCUGGAAUCGCGAGCAGGAACGUCUCGAUGAUAUCUACUACCUGCCGCUUGCAAAUGGCAGUGAUGCCCCUCGUGACUUUAGGGGAAUCCCACUUUGGCUGAAUCACGUGAGUCCUUGCAGGCCAGACAGCAGGGUGUUGACAGAGAUUGAAGACUUUAAGUCCCUACCAAAGCGAUUCCAGGACUUCUUGUUGUACAUGGGAUGUAGGUCUUACCCCUUGAUAACGGACGCUCCCAACAUGUGUUCUGAACCACCAUACCUCUUGCUAGCAGUAAAGUCCAUUGCGCCACAUUUCGACCGACGGCAGGCCAUCCGGGAAUCAUGGGGUCGUGCUGGGAUCCUCAACGGCCACCGAAUUGUGACAGUAUUCCUACUUGGCAACACGGCAGCAACGGACCACUUCCCGGAUUUGUCAGACAUGGUCAAGCACGAAGCGGCGUUGUACGGCGAUGUUCUGCAGUGGGAUUAUCGAGACACGUUUUUUAAUCUCACCUUAAAGGAAGUCCUCUUUCUGGAGUGGUUUGGGACCCAUUGCGCUUCUGCCAAGUAUGUGUUCAAAUGCGACGACGAUGUUUUCGUCAAUACACGGCAUAUGCUGGCUUACCUAGGCAACUUUUCGGUGUCCAAGACACAGGACAUUUUCAUUGGUGAUGUGAUCACUAAUGCCGGACCACACCGGACCAGACACCUCAAGUAUUACAUCCCUGAGAGCGUGUUUCGUGGCGUUUACCCUCCAUACGCAGGUGGCGGAGGCUACCUGUAUUCGGGUAAUCUGGGGCUGCGGUUAAGAAUGAUCUCCCGUCUGGUCACGUUGUACCCAAUUGACGAUGUGUUUACAGGGAUGUGUCUGAAGAGACUGGGACUAGUACCGGAGAAACACAUGGGCUUUAAGACCUUUGACAUUGAGGAAAAGCACAGAGAGAAUCCUUGUGCUUACAAAAGUCUGAUUCUGGUCCAUCCCAGGAGCCCACAAGACAUGAUAAAGAUCUGGUCUUGGAUUAAUGACCCUAAAGUGAAAUGUUGCAUCAAAACUACACUGAACACGAAGUGCGCAAUGUGAAGCAGCAAAAGCAGAUAGGACACAACUACUGUAAACUGAUGCCCUGUUUACAAAAAUACAGCUAACAAAAGAGUAUUCCAAGUUAUAUUUGAAUGUUCUCUGAACAUUCAAAACAUCCUGUUUUUUUUUAGAAGUUUUAUAAAUGUUUUUUCUUGGUUAUGUGAACACUAAGGGAACAUUCCUUUAUAUCAUUUUGCAAUCAUCAUGGUAAUGUUACUUUUGAAUGUACUCUGAACAUUCUAAAACAAGCUGCAACAUUUAAAAAAACCUUAGAUGAAAGUCCAACUAAAACAUUUAAGUAAAACGUUUCCAGACUUUUAAACAAAUGUUCAAUUAAAGGUGCUGUAUGUAAGAUUUUGACUCUACUAAAGCAGAAAAAUACCACAAAAUGUUUGCAGAUAUUUAAGAAACAUGCUAAGUUAACAUACUUGUUCAUCUGAGAAACAAUGCU